AUGCCUUCAUAUGCUAAGUUUCUUAAAGAGAUUUUAUCCAACAAAAUAAAGCUUGAGGAUGAUGAAACCAGUAUGCUUACUGCCGAGUGUAAUGCUAUUAUUCAAAACAACAUGCCUCCUAAACUGAAAAACUCAGGUAGUUUUUCCAUACCAUGUGUAAUAGGAAGUUAUAUCAUAGACAAAGAUCUAUGCGAUUUAGGAGCCAGUGUUAGUUUAAUGCCCUUAUCCACAUGCGAAAAACUCAAUCUAGGCGAAUUAAGACCAACAAAGAUGUCUCUACAACUAGUUGAUCGUUUUGUUAAAUUUCCAAUAGGUACGCUAGAGAACGUUCCAGUUCGUAUAGGACAAUUCUAUAUUCCUACCGACUUUGUAAUAAUGGAUAUAAAGGACCCACAUCCAUAUUAUUUUAGGAAGAACCUUUUUAGCCACAGCCGGAGCCACCAUAGACGUGAAGAAAUAAGGCUAACAUUCGAAGUUGGAGAAGAAAAAGUUAAAUUUCUCUUAGCUAAAUUCCUACAAGCACCAGUUAUAGAUUACUCAUGUUGUUUCUUAGACAUCAUCGACGAAUGUGUGAAAGAAAUAGAGAAGGAACCAUCUAAGUAUACUGAAGUACUGAAGAUUCCAACACCUUAUAUAUUCGAAGACGAUAAUUGCGUGAGCCAUACGUAG